ACGUCACACUAUUGAUUGUGAAAAGGAGAUCGUCUUUUAGAGACGCCAUCUUAAAAUAAAGUGAUAUAAGUUUUGGUAGUGUAGAACAGAGAAAAAAUCUAAAGUAAUCCCACUUAAUAAACUAGCUUUUGAGCUUAGAUAAUUAUAAUAUAUUAAUACUUAGUGUAACGGACCAAGUUGGUGGUCAGCAAGAGGGUGACCUCCUGAUGGUGUGUACAUCGCAGCAUGUCUGCACUCUCGACGCCGGGCGGCGGAGGAACUACGGCGCAGAGCAAGCCGACGUCCGGCAAGCAGAAGUUUCAGAAACUAGACAUCAAUAGUCUGUACUGUGCUAACAGGAACGAGAGCUCUGAACCAUCCUUGGCAAAAUCACAACUUAGCCGUAAACAUGGAAUGCAAAGUCUUGGAAAAGUACCUUCAGCUAGACGACCACCAGCCAAUCUUCCUUCUUUAAAAACUGAAACUGGUCUAGAUCCUAACGCAAAUUCUGCCUCAACUGUAACUACAACUGCAUCUACCCCAGCAACAUGCACAUCUCAGACUACAACAACAGUAUCCAACAGUGGUGUGGUUGCGGGCACAGGCUCAGCAGGAUGGGUGCCCCUUCCUCCACCAUCUUCGCCACACUUCCGAACAGAGUUUCCCUCACUGGAGGCUGCAGCUCACAACCAACCCUCACACCGUUCCUCAGAUCAUUCUGUACCCCAACCACAGCUCAGACCACAAACGGAAGGCAGUUGGACGUGCGGUGGCACGGCCGGCGUUCGCCCAGAAACUUCCUCAUCACCCGUCGCCGCGCCCGCCUCCACGCCUGCUUCACAGCAAACACCCGCUUACCGCGCUAUUCUGCCAUCCUUCCUGAUGAAAGGUAGCAGCGGUUCUGGGAUCGGUUUGGGAACAUUAAGCUCACUUCGGGAUAAUAGAAACAAUGCCGGCAGUGGAAGCGGCAACUCUAAUAAUAAUAACACUCCGGGCUCGAGACAGGGCACGAGAGCGUCUACUACGGCCCGAGCCGACAAGGUGUUACAGCCACGACCGAUCCUUCGCGAGGAAGAAAUAUCUUCACUUGACGACAUCUCUCGUGAUGCCGGAUGGGCACAACACGAUGACAUUGAUUACGACCAAAAACUUGACUUUUCUGAUGGCGAGUCAUCAACUCCGACUGUGAAAAUCGGCAACAAAAGCAAUAACCGGACCAGUAUUGAUAACGAACGCAUGGAUCACAAAAUACAGGAUCCUGACGAGGAGCAGUUGUGGGCGGAACGCCGACAGAAACAAAGUAAUGAAGUAGCUCAAGCGGUUGCUCGUGCGCGCCAGCGUAAAGAAGAGGAACAGCGACGGCAGAUGCGAGACUCCCCAGCGACACAGCCCCCGAAAGACAUCCGCGACAAGGUGGAAAGAAAUGAACGCGAUCGAGUUGAACAUCGCGAAAGAGAUCUUGAUCCGAGAGAAAAAGAUAGAAUUGAUAGUAGAGAAAAAGAUAGGUUAGAUAAUAAAGACAAAGAUCGCAAUGAUUUUCGUGACAGGGACACGAGAGACAAGGAUCGGUUAGAUAAUAGGGAUCGCGAUCGUGAUCGUUUAGACCGUUAUGAUAAUAGAGACCGUGAUCGCGAUCGUGAAAAAGAGAGAUUAAUAGAUAACAAAGAAAGAACACGUCCUGACCCUAGAGAUCGUUCUGACAGCGAAAAAGAUAGGGAGAGGGACAGAGACCGUAACGAUAAUAGAGAUAGGAAUGAUAGAGAACGCUCAGAUCGUGAUAGAUAUGAUAGGGAAAGGGAGCGCAAUGACCGGGAUGGCCGUGAUCGAGCCGAAAGAGAACGAGGCGAUCGUGAUCGAGCCGAAAGGGAAAGAGGUGAUCGUGAUCGUGACCGCGACUUCAGAGAUAGAGACCGUGAAAGAGAUUACGCACGCGAUCGCGAUCAACAAAAUCCUUUUUCAAAAACAUUUCAACAAAAUAUACCUCCACGUUUUUUGAAGCAACAACAAAAUCGACAGCAAGAUGACCAACACAAAGCAUGGUCUUUCCCCGGUAAACCGGCUCCGCGACGUCAAGAACCGCCUCAAUAUAAUGCCCCUAGGCAUAACCCGAAUCACAACAAUAGUCGUCGUUCUUAUUCCAGGGAUUAUUCAGAUCGUGAAGAUGAUGUCAGAAGAGACAGAGAUGGACCUGGCCCACAGUGGAGGUCAGAAAUGCAAGACUAUGAUAGAUCUGGGCGAGAAUUGGAUAGGUCGAAUUCUAAAGAUUCAUAUAAAGAAUUUAAUGAGUACAAGGACAGAAGAAACGAUGCAGAGAAAAAAUCAAUAGACACCGCUAUUGAACAUAGCAGUAGAACUGCUGCAGAUAAAUUAACAGAAGUUUUUGAAAGAAAAAGUAUCGGAUUGACUGAGCCUUUUGCUUCUGCUGAUUCAUCUACACAAUCUCAAGUUCCAGAAAGGCGUACAACACCGCCAUCGCAUGAUAUGCCACCCCAACGAGAAUCAUUUGAAAAAGAUUUAAGUAAGGAAUCGUGGGCUGAAGUUUCUCAGGAAGAACAAAGCAAUACAAUAGCAGUUAAUCAUCCUCCAGAAAAAGAUAUAUCUCCAAAACAAAAUGAACACCAAAACAUUGAACUCACAAAUAAAGAAAAACCUGAAUUAAUAACAACACAUCAAAAUCCAUCUAAUGUACAUGUAAAUCUCAAAACUCAAAGCCAAUCCAACAAUUACACCCAAAACAAUACCCACAUAAUAUCUAAUGUUCAACCUGUUUCUCAUCAUUCUGUUCAGAAUCAACAGGCUAAUGUAAUUAAUUCUCAAAAUAAUAUUCAAAUUCCUAUCUCUUCUGCUAACCAAUCUCAAUCUACAAUAUUUAUUGAUUCUCACUCUAUUUCUAAGUCUACGCUCAACCAGUCUCCCCCUAAAUCUAUUAAUUCAAAUGAACUGCUUUCCAACCCCCCUCAAAUAAAUAAGCAACCGAUUCAAGAGCAGAUUUCACAAGCCACAAUAAAACCGACUAUUACAGUGCAAAAGCCUGAAAAAGAAUUUUCAGAAUCCGAAUCAAUUGCAUCAAAGUCAAGCACUGCCCCGUCUGCAAUUUCAGGUAAUAAUGUAAUUGAUUCGCAUUCUGUAGACAACAUUCAAGACUCUCAAAAGAGGCCUGUAGAUGAAAAGAAGAAUGAAAGGUUUAAUGUAGAACACACAAAUAAAAUUCCUAUAAAAGAACCAGUUGAACGAAAAUCUAGUGGAUCUGGGUCUGAAAAGAAAGGAAGAGGAUAUGGAACUGGAGGUUACAACGUUUAUGGUAGAGGUUGGGGAUCAAGGGAAUCUCGUGGAAGACGGUCAAACCGAAGCUCACGUUCAAAUAGAGCAAGUGAGUCCGACGGUUCCACGGAUGGUACCAAUGUAGAACGAAAAGAACGACGUAAAGCCCCGCGUAGUCCACGUGGUCUUAAGAAACAGGACAGAACUGAAGACCUUAUUCAGGCAGCUACUGAUCAAGGGACACAAAUCACAGAUGGUUUAGAAAAUAGAGAACCAUUUGCGCCUCGGGGACAACCUUCUCGACGUGGAAGAGGUGGGUUCCAAGGUACCAAUAGACCCCCAGCUCCAGCCAAACGUGUGACUGGAUAUGGGCCACCUAAUACCAAAAGUCCUUUUAGCCAGGCUAGUAGGGCUGUAAAAGAUCAUGAAGACAUUAAAGAUAAUAUGCAAGAUGAUAAAGGCCAUAAAUCGCGAACUGGUUCAUCUUCUAGAAAAGGACGCGAUCGUCGCACUAGAGGUGGUCCCAACAGUGGUGAAGAUGAAAAUUGGGAGACCACAUCAGAACAUUCCGAAAGCGGCGGUGCAGGAGUUCAUCAUCGCCCUGGUGGCGGAAGGCUGUCUUCUCAGUCUUUGAAGGGACAAAGUAGUGGUCGCAAUCAGAACAAUAGAUCAAACAGCAAUCGUAGUCAACAGGCAGCUAAAAAGGAUGGUGAUAAUAAGAACACUGAUAUUACAGAGGCUAUUAAUGAUAUAAAAAUAUCAACUGGAAAAAAAGAUGAGGUAAUUGAUGAUGGAUUCCAAGAAGUUCGUAAUAAAAAGAACUCUAAGGAAACAAGGGGUCCUACUAAUGUUAAAGAGGAAAAGCAACCUAGAUCUCGAUCGAAUCAAGGUGGUGGUAGAAAUGGUUCCUCUACAAGGAGUUCUAAUGAUAAAUCAAUAACUCGCGGAUCAGCCCCAGUUUCUGGAAAACCAAACUCACAGUAUGAUCGCCCACGUCAAGCUAAUUUGGCACCAAGGUUUGUUAAACAGCGACAAAAACAACAAAUGGGAUUAAUUUCUAAUUUCGGUCCUGAUACAGGCGCCGCUCCACCGCCGCCUCCAGUGAAUGCAUGGGACAAGCCUAUUGCACAGACUUUGCGAGGCAAUGUUGAGGAACCUCCAGAAGUUGUUGAUACAAAAUCGAGCCAGUCAAGCCAGCGCAGUAGUCCCGGCGAUACAUCCAUCGAAAUAAAAGCUGCUGCAACGCCUUGUGCGCUUGUAUCUGAUAAAACUGGAGUUCUUGAUGGUACAACACCUCCUGUAGAAACAAUUAUAUUUGAAAAUACUAAUUAUAAAACAGCACCACCUGCUGAGGCUCUAAAACAAAAAUAUCAACCAAGUGCAGUUACUGCCAAGCCUCAGCCAGAAGAGGUACAAACGGAAAUAGAAGCAAGACCGUUGGCAUUUAAUGGUGACAUAAGAGAUGUCAGACCACGCCCUAGGUCUAUUCAGGAACUAAUGGCUGAAACUGGCAGACCUGUAACAGAAGCAGAAGGUACACUAGGCCUGCAGAUGUCCUUUGAUACAUCUCAAAAAGCGGAAGAGUCUGAUAUGAAGCUCGAUUUUGCAUUCGACUCUGAUCUUGGCCAACUUACUGAAGACAAAUCGGCCAAAACUCUCGGAUUACCUCGCGGAACACAUAUGAGCACUUCUAACACAAUAUCAGCAGCAGAUCUCAAUUUCAAAAUCGCCAGUGUCAAGAAGGUCUGGGAAAUGCCUGCAGUGGUAGAAGGUGGUGAGGAAUUACAGUUUGCUGGGCUCGAAGAAACCAAUACGGAGACUGGUGCUCCUCCUAAUGUUUGCAAAGUGAAGCCUACACAACAGUUGCAAUCGCCACCACCGUCACACUACAACCAUGUCAGUUACCAGGGCGGUUACGGGGGCCUGUCGGUCCCAUCACCACCAGCUGUUUUGUUUAAUUCAACCCAACCAAUGAUGAAUUCCUCACAGCAACUUCCACAGCAAGGUGGCUUAUAUGGUGCCUUUUUAGAUCAAACUCGAACACAGUUUGGUGGAUUUCCUGGAACACCAUAUGGCGCUGGUUCAGCCACGCCAUAUAAUUACCAACCUCCGCCAGACAUGUUCCAGAGUCUUCCAAGUCAAUACCGCAUGGGCCCCGCAGGCAGCGGUGCAGCAUUUGGGCAAUCUGCUCAACUGGGAAAUAGUCCAAGUACUGUCCUCAUUUCAAGUACUACCAACACACAUAUGUCUACUGUUAAACCUUCGACUCAACAGAUUGGUGCUAUUGGAAGCAAAGGCGGCGGUGUUGGAGGAGUCGGUGGCGUGAAUACGUUCCAGCAGCAAUACUUGGGAUACUCGGGUCCUGAGGCCCAGUACUCGCUGACUGGUCUACUGCCAAGGCCGGCGCCGCCCGCCACGUCCUACUACUCGCCGUAUCAGCCGCCCACUGCUCCGGCGCCCACGUACCCGCUGCAAUUCACGCAGCCCACUGUACAGCAAUCCAGCGCUUUUAGCUCUCAGUUCCUCUCUUCUCAACUGCACGCCGCAGCGGCUGCAGCCGUUCAGCAGAUGCAGCAACAGUACCGGGCGCCUCCACUACAGACACAGUACGCGCCGCCGCAGCCGCGGCCGCCGCCACAGCAACAGCUGAAGAGCCCACUACACGAGCACGCCAACGGUUUCGCACCACUCUGCGACUCUGCCUCGCCCACGCCCAAGGGAGCGCCGAAGCCACAGAAGCCACCGCACUCCCCGCCGCACAAGUACCACGCGCCGCCGCCGCACCAGCAGCACGUGCAACACCCGCCGCCCGCGCACACGCCGCACCAGCACCACCAGCAGCAUCAGCACCAACAACACCAACAGCACCAACAGCACCAGCAGCAAAUGGUAGUCGGCGGAAACAAUGGACGUGGCAAUGGGGCCGGUGGCAACGGUAACGCAAUGAACCGCGGCAGCAUGGUCGCGCCGCGCUACCCCGCGCCCAUCCAGCGUCCGCACGCGCCCGCGCUGCCGCUGUAUCGUGCGCCGCCUGCGCCUGCGCAGCGCUCGCACCAUGCGCCGCGUCCCAAUCUCUACUACCACCACCAUCAGCGCAAUGGUGGCGGUGGUCCAGAAAGAGUAACGGAAGGAGUAGAAGUAGUCGCCAGCGUCGAGGACGUGGGGGAAGGCCCGCCUGCAGGUGAAGCGCCCACCCCUGCGGAGGUUAAGGCCGAGUGAGCGCAAUCGCCGCUCCCGCUCUGCUCCGCUCGACCGACGCCCGCACAACACGGACGUUGCAAGACUUAGGUUCUCGGUAUUUUAAGUCGUAAAUUAUGGAAGUGUUUUAAUGAUUCGUACGAACAGAUGCACCCCCGCCGCCGACCGGCCGAGCCCCGGCCUCCGCGUCGUGCCGCGGGUGGUGCCUCGUUGUAUGUAAAUAAAUCGGACUGACAUCCGGCUGUCUAAUUGACUGUUAUGUUUUAAGUAUAUAUAUAAAAAAGCGAUAGGUCGGCGGCCUCGCUGCGUACGUCCGAUGCACCCCGGGACCGCGCGUCGAACUGAUCGAUGCUGCCUCGAGACCUCUCACUAGUGAAUAUGUAGCCACGGUUUUGCAAAACGAAUUUCGAUGCAAUAUAAAUAAAUAAUAAUAAUGUAAUUUGGAGCGAAGAUGACCGAAUGGCGCUCGGCGUCCACUGAUCGGUGCGCGUUAGCGUUCCAUGUAUCAUAAUCAAUUAUUAUAUGCGAAUAAAAUUAUUAUGACCGAUGA